AUGGAAAAGGCAUAUUGGUGUAAAUAUUCGAGGCCUUCAAGUUACAACACACCAUGGCCACUCGCUGAUGGAUGGGGUGACAACUCAGGCAGCGAAAUUUUUGUCUUGGACAUGCCGGAAGAACGCUACUCGGGGGCUUUAUCGGAGCAGCAGGAAGCAGCUGCCGUGACAUUUCACAAUAUCACGGAAGCUGAAACAAGUGUGAUGGAACGUUAUUUAAGCAUGAAACAGGGGCCCACAGCUUCACAGGUCCUUCAAAGAAACCCAAAGUUCAAAUCACUCUUUGACCAACUUGGCUUCGGGCCGCAAGCAAGAGAAGCAGCUGCUGUAGCCCUGAUGAAUAUCUCUGAGGAGUCUAAUUCUCAAUGCUUUACAACUCAACCACAAAGGUCAUUCUUGGGAAAUGACAACGCUAUUGUCUUUACGGACGAAGACAUGGAAGUCCCAUACCCGGACCAUAGGAGGCCGCUUUACUUGGAGGGACAGAUCAAUGAUGUGUUCAUAAGGAGAGCUUUGGUGGACACGGGUUCCUCUGUCAACAUAUUACCUCUGUCUGUGCUUACGGCAGCUGGUAUCCCAUUGUCCAAAAUUGUCCAAUCACAAACAAGCAUCAGUGGUUUCGGGAAUAAGAGUGAGGUCACAGUCGGGCAUCUACAAGUACAUUUGAAGGUUGGACCAAUUCGGUCACUUACUAAGUUCUAUGUUGUGGAUGUGGAUGUGGCUUACCAUGCUUUGCUUGGAAGGCCAUGGCUCAACAAGCAUAAGCUUGUGGUCUCUACCUAUCAUCAAUGCGUAAAAGGAAGGAUUGGGCUGAGGCCGCUACGCAUACCUGGAAACCAAGCACCUUUCAACAAAGAUGAAGCUCACUACUCUGAAGCAGAGUUCUACACUGAAUGCACAGGUGCUGGAAGCAAUCCAUCCAAGGAUUUCGGGACCUACCUUCCUUCAUGGACUGAAAUUCGUGAUUUAAGCAAUGAGGAGCUCAUCACCAUUGUCGAUCGAGAGAGAAAGAGGCACUCGGAAGUCAACAACCAUGCCUAUGAUCAUCCCCAAUGCUCAAAAGUGACGCUGCCCGAUGGACGUAUCGUGUACCGCUUAUGA